AUGAGAUUUGCUUCAUCUGGAGGUUAUUCUGUUCUUCACUCAAGUGGUCUUCAGCACUGGUUCAAAAAUUGGCAAGGACUCAGAAAACAUAAACUGACAGCUAGCACUUUUGCUGCGGCCGUUGGUUUUUUUCAUCGCCGAAGACUCCAGCUUUGGUUAGAGAAGAUUGGAGCAAUUGAGCCAUUUUCAGGUAACCUGGCUACCUGUUGGAGCAAUAUCAAAGAAGAGGAAGCACUUGAAAGAUACAAACUAAUAACAGGAAAUUCUGUCUUGUUUCCUGAAUUUCAAGUCUAUGGUAAUAGAAAUGCCGGAGAUGAUUGGCUAGGAGCUUCACCAGAUGGGGUGGUUGAUAGACUGGUAUACGGAUUGCCUUCACGAGGAGUGCUGGAGAUUAAGUGCCCUUUUUUCGAUGGAAAUAUGAAAAAGGCUACCCCUUGGUCACGAAUUCCUCUAUACUGUGUUCCACAGGCUCAGGGUUUAAUGGAAAUACUUGACAGGGAUUGGAUGGAUUUCUAUGUUUGGACUCCUAAAGGGAGCAGCCUAUUCAGGGUAUACCGAGAUGCAGAAUACUGGGAUGUUUUGAAAAUGGUUCUCUCAGAUUUUUGGUGGAACCAUGUCCAGCCAGCAAGGGAGAUCUGCAGUAAGUCUCAGAUUACGGAUCCCCUCCUUGAAUUAAGAUCGCUCAAACCAGCACCCAGGCAUGAAAUGUGUAGUUAUAUAGUUUAUGAAAGCAAACGCGUUGUUGACAGCUCCAAGUUAUUGAUGCGUGAAAUCAAUGGCAAACUGAUAAACUGA